AUGCCUACCCCACUGGAUCGCGCGAUGAAUUCUAAGAAUUUGUUCAUGGGGUUUGCAGGUAUGGUGACGGCCGUUGCAGCCUAUUCCAUCUGGGGCACUGAUAUUUUCCCCAGCGAGACCGACCCCAAAGGAAAUCCCGAGGAUUGGACUGCCGACGAAAUGAGAAGGUGGCUGCGUGUGCGGGGGCUUUUGCCGACCGAAAAUGCAACUCGGGAAGAAUUGUUGGAGAGAGUUAAAGCCAAUCUGCGGAUACCGCGUAGCUCCCAAGCCCCAGGAUCGCAGUCGUGA